AUUGGGAACGGCUUGUGCAAUUGAGGAAAACAGCUGUGCCCCCCGGGCUGAUUUUUGGGUCUGUGGUGAAGACUGGGGGAGGCGUAAAAGGCGGACUUCAAUCCUCUCAAAUUACUGUGUCACAAGUUGCGCAGUAUAAAGCAAGACUGUGUUAUCCUGCAGCACACCUUAGGACUCAAGCCGCAUCAUGGCUGAAUUCAUCGAUGAGAGUCAGUUCUCUCUGAUGAGUCUGGAGGAAGAAUUGACCUGCAGUAUCUGUCUGAGCACCUUUGACAGUCCGGUGACCAUCCCCUGCGGACACAACUUCUGCCAGGAAUGCCUCCUCGCCACCUGGAAAGACACCUACAGCUGUCCUCAAUGUCGGACCCACUUCGCCACCAGACCGGAACUGAAGAAAAACACUGUCCUCAGCACCGUCGUGGAGACCUUCAGAGUCAGGUCCAACAAGAAUGAGGUCGGCCAUUCCGCAGAGGAGGGGGGAAAACCCAAGAAAGAGGAUGUCAUACUCUGUGAUGCAUGUAUGGAAGCAAAAGCGUCCAAGACCUGCCUCACCUGCAUGGCAUCUUACUGUGACGAGCACCUGCGGCCGCAUCUGGAUAAUCCCAUUUUCCGCGUCCAUCAGCUGAGUGAGCCUAUCGGUGACCUGAUGGAGCGCAUCUGCAGCGAUCACCACAAGCUGAUGGAGUUCUACUGCACCGACCAUGGCCGCCUGAUCUGCAGCCUCUGCUUUCAGGUCCACAAAGGAUGCACCUUCAUAUCUCCUGAUGAGCAGAGGAACCAGAAAGAGUCGGACCUGAGAGGCAAGUUGGGAUUGCUGGAUGGAAAGAUUACGAAGAAUAAGACUGUUAUAUUUCAGAUGAAGGACAUGCAGAACUCACUUAAGGACUCAGGGACCAACAGGAAGAAAGCUCUGGUAGUGGAGUAUCAGCAUAUUCGGGACAUCUUGGCGCGAGAGGAGCGUGAUGCUCUGAAUGUGGUGGACCGUGAGGUGGAGAGCGGUCAGACCAAACUCAAAAUUCUCAUGAAGAAGUUCACAGACAACAUUGACAGCAUGAGCAAAGUGAAAGAAGAUAUCCACAGUAUGCUGGGUCAGUCCCAAUCAACAGCCUUCCUAAAGACUUCACUUGACCUGCCCCAAGUCGUAACCUUUGAGCCUUACACCCCUCGAAUCAACCUGGACUCCAAGAAGGUGAUGGCAACACUUACAUUUGCCACUUUCCUGAAGGAACAUCUGACUGAACUCUGUAAACCACCUGUUGAGACCAGACUACCAAUUAAAACAGGUGAAAGAGCAGAAUCUGUCUCUCUGAGCCCUGGAAUUUACCCAGAGUCUGAGCCAAAAUGGCCACUGGGGCAUCCCAAACUCCCCAGCCCCCACGGUCCAGGUCAAGCUUCUCAGCCCAAAGCAGCAGCAGCAGCCACAAAGAAGAAAAAGAAGGAAGAAAAAGAUAAAAAACCCAAAAAGCCUCCCCAGCCCACAGAAGGCAAUAUGGGAAAUAUGAAUCAAGGCCGUUCGAUGGAGAACUUGAUGGAGUUGGUUUUUGAGCCCAAACCAGGAACUGUGGACAUUACAUCUGCUGAAAAAAGAAGUGAACUUCUGAAAUAUGCUUCGGUGCUCACUUUGGAUCCAAAGACGGCCCACAAACGCAUCUCACUGAGUGAAGGCUUCACUAAGGCUUCUGUGUCAGAUGAGCACGUAAACUACCCUGACUGCCCUGAACGCUUCGCCGUCUGUUCCCAGGUGCUUGCUUCCAAAGGUUUCUCUAGGGGGCGUCACUACUGGGAGGUCCGACUGAGCAGCAACAACUUCAUUGGUAUAGGCCUGGCUUACAGUUGCAUUGACCGCAAAGGUCCCACCAGUCGACUGGGGCGCAACAUCCAGUCUUGGUGCGUGGAGUGGUUUAACGUCAAGCUGUCAGCUUGGUAUAACAGCAGUGAGACCGUGCUGCUCAAUUCCAGUCCUAAACGCGUAGGUGUGCUGUUGGAUUGUGAGGAGGGCACUGCUACGUUCUAUAACGUGGCAGACAGGGCGUAUCCCUUCCACUCCUUUGUGUUUCCCUUUUCUGAAGCUGUGUAUCCAGCUUUCUGGAUUUUCUCCAGUGGCUCGUCCAUUUCUUUGUGCAAGCUGCAGUAAUGAGUAGCACAUGCACAUAGAGUACAAUUGAAUAUUCACACACACACA